UAAUAUAGUUAGUUCACAACAAAAUUUAAGUCUUAGCAAAAUUGAAGAGUUAAACCAAGCACCAUGAAUGAUGUACGCGCCUUGAGAUACGAUAUCAAAUGGGAUGAAUGGCAGGGUCAACUAAUUACGGAUAUAAAUUUUAAGUACUAUGAUAUGGUUAUAGAGUUUAUGUGGGAAAAUUCUUUUUUGAAAAAUAUCGUUUACGAGGGCCUGGGUUUCUAUGAAAUGGAUGACAUGAAGAAGAUAUAUUCAGAUUAUGUUCGGCAUAUCCUGCGUAAUGAGUGCUCGGUUAUGAUGUUAAAUCCGGAUGCAACUCAAAUAGUAGCCGUGGUCUUGCUGGAAUGGAUGACAGAGGAGUGGCAUUCAUGGGUUUAUUUACCGUCAUCCAUACCGAAGGGUUUGUUUCAACAGCUUAUAACAAUGAAACAGGAGCUCAUGCGAAGCACCAAGGAAAAACUGGAAUUAGACAAUUUUGAUAGCUUGGUGGUGCAUGAGCUAGCCCUGCCAGAGGACUUGUACAUUCACAAGGACUUCCUCAUGUGCCUCUUCGAUGUGUUCGGCUUUGUGGCCCAACAUAUGCACAUGCCACGAGUCUGUUUUAUUGCCUUGAGCAAUAUGGAUCAGGAGUCAGCAAGUUUGGCAGAAUACGACGAAAUUGGACGCACUAUAUACUCAAUAUAUAAGGUGGAUAACAAACGUCCUUUCGAUAUAUUACGCGAACUGGAUGAGAUGUAUGCGGUACUUUUCGAGCUGCCUGUGGAGCCAAUUCUGAAAUAUAUCUAUAUGCCUGGAUUUGAAGCGGUCCAUGAGGAGAUGAGGCUACGCGAACUGAAAAUGAGCGAGUUCGACUAACAACAUUUGUAUAAUUUCCAAAAUAAAACUGAAAAUUAGUCCAAA